AUGAUCGACAAAAGAUUUUCUUUUCGAGGGACCGUCAGAGUCCCUUCCGAUUGCCUCUGUACCACAGGAUUGAGCUCUGCUCAGAAUGAAGGGCUGAACGAAGAUAGUACAACUUGGUCCAAACACGGUGUCGCCGCUGAAGGUCUCAAACAAAACGGCGAUAGAAACAUCAUCUGUGUCCUUGUAUGCGAUGAGCAAUUGCAGGCGGCGUUGAGCGAAGCGAAUCUCAAGCCGGAUGCACUCUUGAAACACUCAAGUAACGGACACUUCCUGGAACUUAAAUAUUUCGAGAAAGAAUCCCUGCGCGUUCUGCAGGGUCGCGAUUUAGUACUUGCUGGGCGACAUCUACUUCCAGUGGAGAAAAGAUGGUGGAACGUUCGGUUGUAUGCUGAAGGUAUUAAGUCAAGUUUUGGCAUAUUCCAUACCCAGAUCAUUUCUUACUCCAGGGCUGAUUUCCACGAAAUAGAGCAUUAUCCGAGCCCCAAAGACAUACCUUCCGGCGAAGCUUUUAGAAUGCUUCGUAUGUGUCAAUUACAUCGCCGACCAGAUGAAGAGCAAUGGUGGUGGAGAGGUAUCAGUAACAGUAUAACGAAAGACGUGAAGCAACUGCUCAAUAAAGAAGUCAUAAUGAAGGAGGUAGACCGCUCCUUACUUGUUCCAGGUUUCUGGUUCCCCAUCAAGUUGGGCGUUUUCAGGAGACUCAAUGGGGUCAAAUGCGACGAAGAACUUGCUCACUACUUCAAACACAUAAACGAGACAUGGGAUCCGGUUCUUCGUUGCCUCGGCAAAGAUGUCUGGGUUAUAGACGAUGCCACCAUCGAGUUUCUUGAGCUCAGAGCGCCGAAGGCAUCUACUGUGGAUCGGAAUGAGAUAACAGCGGGCAUGGAAAGCGGAUUGUUAUUCCCUUACAUUGGACACCAACGGACGAGGUCUCAGCUGUUGACGUGUUUGUUAAGCAUACCAUCGCUGAUACCUACCGUGCAGACAUUCUUCAACAACCUCACCUACGUAGAACCUUGUGCAAUGGUCUUGAAAGGCAUUUUGGAUCCACGCCCGAAAUGUUCAGUCAAGAACUCCUUUGCUGCCGCUUUCAAAUGCCCCUUGGAGCUCUACGUGGAAGAGGCUGAUGGAAAGUUCAGCCUGCAUAGACCGCUGGAAGCUAGUGAAGCCUUCAACUGCUCCUAUCUGCAACUCUGGCUAUUCGCAAUGAGAAACUUCCCUGAGAUGACAAGGAUCACUGUAAAGAAGGAAGUUACGGAGCCUCGACGAUAUGCCAAUGAACCGAAUGCAUGGCUCUGGCACGAUUUUGCGGCGCUUGCCGCCAGACUUGGCUUCAGUACUAGUAGAAUCAGCGAGAUUCUAUCAACCAACCCAAGCAUGAUACACGCAAGGAGAAUGCUGCUUGAUGCUCGUCCGUCAGAUCAAUAUUGCUUUGAUGAUGGCGAGUUGGAGCGCUAUACAGGUCAAAUAUCGGAGAUGAUAAAGUCGGCGAAAAAGUUACCGGUGCCUUCUUCCGAGAGUCAGAUUCUUCGAUCUCAGUCGUGCACGGAGGCUCGCAACCGUAGAUGUGGUCAACCACAUGAGUUUUCACACGCUGCAGACAAGGCUCUCUUGUUCCUGCCAACCAUGCAGAGCUCUCUGGGAGAUAUCGGACCUGUGAACUCCUUUUUCGUUAAGAAAGACUUCGUUAUAUCAUUCUUCGGCAGGGAUUGGAACAGCACGUGGUGUCCACUUCUUCAUAAAGAUGAGAGCGUACCUCCUGUUGACUCGGCGGAUGCUUUAGAACCUAAGACAGUGCAUAAAGAGAAGGCCGGUCAGAAAAUAUGUUUGCAACACAAGCUCUUUCAUCCGGAAGACGAGAAAGGGUGCGAGGAAGAGAAAGAUCCGCUCGACUUAAACAUAUGCGGAAAACCUGUGCAAACAACAUCAAUGAUCUAA